GUCGUAAUUAUUAUUGGGUGAGACUGUCCGUGAGUCUCCACUGAUUGGUUUAGGGGCGGGAAUAGCGUCCCCGGGCCCUGGGGAAGUACUGGCGCCAUAUUAGCAGUGCCAGCAGCUGGUGGAUGUGGUGUGUGAGAAGGGACCGGUAACUGUCACUGUGUAUCACGUAGACCCCUCCCUGGGGAGCUGCCGCCACCCUUACCGCCCAGGCGCGUUACCGUAGUGUCCUGCAGGAUCGGGAUAACAAGCAGACAGGCGACUGCAUCCAUGCUGAGCUCCAGGCCGCGAAUGCAAAAAUGAGUAUGAAGAGCCUGCAGUACCACAAGGAAGGCCAACCUGCUGCCAGUGAAAAUCAGAUUAAUAUGAGGAAUAUGGCAAAUAGAAUGCUACCUAUUAACUUCCCUCCAACUAGAACUGUACUCUGGGAUUCAACACCAGUGGGAGAUGCCAUAGGAUUACAUUUCAGCUAUUACAGAAAUCCUCGUGUGCUGCUGUCUGAGAAAGCUUUGCGGCUCUCUUAUCGUCAUGCCAAGAAUGAAAGAAGAUUGUUCUCUUGCUUCUUGCUUGGAUCGUUUUCAGUGGAUGAUGAUGAGGAAGGGAUAACCUUAACAAUUGACAGGUUUGAUCCAGGCCGUGAUAAGUCUGGCAGCGUCGGAAAAGUUCCAUCCACUCCCUUACCUGGUGAUUUUGCUAUCCCCUGCUCUAUAUCUUACAAAGAAACUGGAGGGACUAUUGUGCUUCACACCCCUGAGGAUUUUACAUCCUCUUUUAUGGGCCUGCAGAGCCAUCUUCACAGCAAAGAAGCCUUGGAUCUCUGUAAAUUGCUGACGAUGAGAGCUCAUAUCACUUACUCUGAGAACAUGGACAAUCUUCACUUUGAUCUUCGCUGGGCGGCUGUCACUGUAGCGAAUACAUUUGAAAGUACUCCUAUAAAGCCUGUCCCAAUUAUACCCACAGCCCUAGCCAGGAACCUGAGCAGUCACCAUAAUAUUGCACAGCUUCAAGGCACACACAAAUGCGGGUAUCUGACAAUGGAUCAAACACGGAAACUGCUCCUUGUUCUGGAAUCUGAUCCAAAGGCGUAUACAUUGCCACUUGUUGGAAUUUGGAUGAGUGGGAUUACUCACAUCCAUAGUCCACAGGUCUGGGCUAGCUGUCUGCGCUAUAUGUUCAGCUCUUCAGUUAAAGAAAGGGUACUUUCAGAGGGCGGUAGCUUCCUCAUAGUCCUCUAUUCGCUCACCCACAAGGAGCCGGAGUUCUAUGAGUGCGUUCCUUGUAUUGGCCACGAUCCCCUUGGCUUUCAGUUGAUGACCUGUGAGGAUGGGUUACAUCUUUUCAAAAACGUGGAAUCUACAAAACAAUCUUACCUUCAGUACGAGCUUAAUACUCCAAGCCAGGAUUCAGAAGCAAGCUUAUUUAAUGAAGUUUCCAAGACUACUCUAUUGAAACAAAAUGUAUCUCCCAGUAAGUUAUCAGUAAGUGAUCAUGAUUCUGGAGUAGAAGAUGAGGAUUUUUCUCCUAGGCCAUCUCCUCGGCCUCAUCCUUCCUUUCAACAGGUAACAAAAAUCCACCCAUCUGUUCCUGAACUCUCUUUGGUGUUUGGAAGUGCUAUGGAACCAAAACAUGGGGCUCAGAAUCCUGAGGACAGUAGUAAGAAAGUUCAGCCGUGUUCCUCCACUACCAAAGUAAUAAAUCAGUUUAUGAAUGCAACCCAUCAAAAUAAUAAUCUACACGGGAAAACCACCUCUCUAAAGUCAUUGGGGGUUCCUGUAAAAAAUAGCAAGAGCCAAGCAGCAAAACCGUCCAGAGGGAAGUACUGUACAGGUGAUAAGCUGCCUACUCAUGGGAACGCCAGAAGCUCCACAUCCUCCACUUCAUCCUCUUCUCUUUCUACACCUCAAACUGGCACAUCCCCUGACACAUCAGUUCAUCAAGUCAGAGGCUCGCCUGGUCAGCAGCUAAACUGCAGUGUGAAUGGGUCAUGCCCAGAGCAAUCAACCAUGACACCCACAGCCUAUCCUAGACAGUCCUCUUUGCUGCAGUCUCCCAACCACAAUGUAACCUUUCCUCAUCAGACAAGGCAGAUUGCUGAAAGUCCUAACUAUUCCCCUUGUCAUAAACCCAAUAUUUGCAACUGCUGUCACAAUAUUGGUCCGAUGCAGUGCCAUUCUAGUCCAUGGCCUGCUGUGAGUUACAUAAACCAUUGUGGCAUGGAGAGUCCAUCAGAAGCUCCUGGGAAUGUCAUUCCUCCUUAUCAAAACAUGGCUUGCUCCAGUGCCUGCUGCACUCGCCGGACAAGUACUGGGAGAGUACGGAGUUGUUCACCUCCAGUGGACAAUGUAACGUCACCGGGCAGAAGGGAUUCCUUGCCAAUGAAUGCUUGCAGCUCUCACCAGUGCCUGCAUGCUGCGUCUCCAGCGGUGCCUGCCCCCGGUGGGAUGUUAGGACUGUCUACAGAAGCCUACCAGCUGCUAGCAGAGCAGGACAAGCAACUGAAACUGCUCCAAGCUCAGAUUCAGCGCUUGUUAGAAGCCCAAACGUCCCAGGGUGAUUCCAAGUGUACACGUUCCACGCAGCAAUGCGCGGAAUCCACAACCGCUGCGGCAGAAACCUCUGAGCACACAAGGAAAAGCAGUGUCAGCAUAGCCGUCAGCACAGGUGCGAGCUUAUUUUGGAAUUCUCCAUGUCCUGAGGAAGAGGAGUCUCUGAGCAAACAGGAUGAGUCUGAGCUUUGUAAUGAACUGAGCGCAGCUGUGAACAACGAACAAGAUACAAGUCGCACCAGUAUCGCUUCCUCCUUAAAAGCUGUGGACAUUUACAGCUUUGCAGAAAGCAGUCAGCUGACAGACUGCGGUAGCCUCUCUCCACCGGUGCCUCUGCCCGUUUGUAAUGUGCAGAACAAAUCCCAUUCUCGCUCACAAAGUGACAGGCGAUUGUCUACCAAUGUGAGCAUGGAGGCCACGUCGCCAGAAUAUCCCGGAAACACGAACACUGCGGAUCUUGGGAUGUCUAUGCCCAGUUUGCCCCCGGAGAAGUUUUACCAGGAUUUACUUAGUCAAGUAAACCAUUUGCUGAAGACCUCGUCCUCGGACAAUGACGAGUCUUCUGAAUAUGGUUCCAGAGCUGGAUCUGGCACCUGUGAAUCUAAUUCCGAGAAGAGCAGCGAGCAUUUGUCAUGUAACACCAGCCAGACUGAGCAGGGCAAUGUACUUAAGGCCACGCUUAAGCAGCUGAAGUCAUUUGGAGUGGAUAUGGACACAGAACCAUCUGCAAGUAAUCAAGACCGUUUGGAUUCUGGAGACAAUGCAUGUGUUCUUGCAUGUAUCAAUCCAGAGGCGGUCAUCCCAAGACUAAAUUACAUGUCCUUUACCAAUAUUGGCUUAAGCGGUCUUGUCCCCAAUGGAGUUGACUUAAGCAUGGAAGCGAAUGCCAUCGCCUUGAAGUACCUGAGCGAGGCCCAGCUCACACAGCUCUCUCUUAACCAUGCAAACAAAAAUAAACCUCCAGAUUCCUCCUCUUUUCAUCAUCUCUUUUCUGGGGGCACUGAGAAGACCAUGUUUGGCCUUAGUUUAAUUUCUCCAAGCAACAUGUCAUUUGCCACCAAGAAGUACUUGAAACGUUAUGCCUUGAUAGAGAGCAAUGACAGCAGUGACGAUGAGCCAGAGAUGCCCUCAGGAAACGGCGGCACAAAUAGCGACCAGCUGGAUAUACAUCAGAGUGAGACUCCUGGUCCGCCAGACCAUACACAGAAUCUGCGUUUUGCUUCUGGACCUAAACCAAACUUAAGAAUUUCUGAGAGAGAAUGUCUUGAGUCUUCUCACAACCAGGAGGGGAAUAAGUUGAGGAACAUCACAAAUGAGAUAUCUGGAAAGGUUCCCUCCAUGCAGGCAUCUGAGGAGACUCCUGUGUGUUUUCUGAAAGAUCUCAACGCCAAGACCAAAUUUACAGCCGGAAAAGCCCAGUUCACUGGGCAUCCCGAAAAGGAGAACGGUAGAAACUCGCCAGUCUUCAAUGCAAGAGACUCCAAUUCCUCCGGGAGAAAAAUCACCGGUCCUGCGGGUUCACCAGGAGACAUCCUGGACGUCAAUCGCCUUCGCCAGCUUCCAAAACUAUUUUAAGGUGUUGUAGGCAAUUAGUAAAUAUACUGAAUGACCAGUUAUUGCAAAUUUUCCUUCCUAUGGAAGUCCAGGACCUAUAGAGCUGAGCAAAUGUGUCCAUAAGCUGCUCUUUAAAGAUCAUUCCGUAUACCAGUUCCCCGCAGACAACUGAGGAAGCCUUUAUGUUGGCUAAAGCAGUAGUCUGCCUCUAUUUCCUAGGUUGUAGUCUAUUGCUGUAGUGACGUUCCUGGUAGUGGAUAUUAGGAUUAGUUUGUUCAGCACACAAAAUACUUGCCUCCACUGUUAUAAAUGACAGGAACACUUUAGAAGAACCUCAAUCAUCUUGUCCUUACGCUGGGCCAGUUUAGUUCCAAAGGAAACAACCGUGUUCUUCUUCUGUUUGUUUAAUGUUGUGAUUAAAAAGCUACGACGAGGCUAAAUACAUAGUGUGGGAGCGUAUUCACAAAUUAUCAUUCACAUACGCACAACUUUAGCUUUAACAUGUUUAUCGAAUCUCUUAUAUAUAAUUAUUCCAUUUUCCAGAAUUCACCAUUUUCCACCAGAGGUAGUGAGCUCUCCAAGGUUGGCAUCUCUGAUUUAUCCUCGCACUAUAAACCUAAUCAAAUUCCAGUUAUAUUAAUGAUGCAAGACUGUGCUUCAUAACAAAGGUCACACUGUGCACUUGUAUUUAGAGGUGUAUGUGUGUGUUUUGUCUUUUUUGUGUGUGUGUGUGUGAUGGACAUAUACAAAUUGUGAUGUCUGAAUAUCUUGUAAAUUUUAUUUAUUCUGUUUUUAUAUUUAUACUUGUGAAUGAGUUUUAUAUAUUUUUAAUAAAGGUCUAAAAUCUUUGUCUUUUUUAAUUAAA